AAUUGGUUUGUCACAUUUGUCUUAACGUUAAACAUAAAAGUCACAAUUACAAUGAUUACCUUGAUGAAGGUGAUGCAGCACGUAAAGCAUUAAAGGAAAGUGUUGCUAGUUGUGAUAGAGUCAUUCCUCCAGUCACUGAAGCUAUUGCUAAUGGAGAGAAGAUGCUAGAGCAGAUAGCAACAUGUAAAGAAGAAGUAAGGCAGGAAAUCAAGGAAACAAUUGAAGAGCUUAAAGCUGUUUUAGAUAAGAGAUGCAAUGAUCUACUAAUGGAGACAGAAGAGAUUGCUAGUGCUAAGAGAAAUUCUGUCGAGAAGCAGUUGGAUGGGUUUCGUAAACUGGUAAAACAGGUUUCUCAUGGUCGUCAUCUUGCAUCAUCAGUGAGUGAGCGUACUGAUCCAGGUGAAGUUCUCAGUGUUAAGAAGCUAAUCACCAAUCAACUAGAGGAAUGCAUUGAAGAGUAUAAGAAACUACCUCUAGAAAUAGAAGAAAAUGAAGCGAUUGUAACAUGUCUAGAUACGUGUUUUUUAAGUAAAGAAAUCAAUGAGUUUGGAAGUGUCUCUGAGGUAGAUAUAGAUGCAUACUCCAUUGAUAGUGGGUUAGCUAUUCCAUUGGGAACUGUAAAGAAAGAAAGGAAAUUCAAAGUGGCUCUACCAGCAGGCAUUGAUAAAGCAGCAAGCUAUUUGAAGGGUUCCUUUAUCAAAAGUAAUGGUAAUAAAGAGGAGGGUAGAGUUGCUAAAAUUAAUAACAACACAGCCAUUGUAUCAUGCACACCUCAAAGUAUUGGUGGAUAUGAGCUAUCAGUGACUAUAAGAGGUCACCAUAUUAAAGGUAGUCCUUAUCAACUUUCAGUAAAAGCAUCAAGAGACUAUACCACACUAACUAACCAGAGACCCUUUAAUGUGGGGAAUAAUACUCGUGGUGUUGCUGUUCAUACUAAUGGUGAAGUAUUUGCUAGUAAUUGUGGGAAUGGAUUUGUUCAGGUAUUUGGUGAGGAUGGUACUGCAGUAAGAAGGAUUGGGUCUAAAGGUAAUGGUAAUGGACAGUUUGAUUGUCCUUGGGGUUUAUUGCUGGUAGGAGACAGGCUCUAUGUGUCUGAUGAUAAUCUUCAUUGUGUGCAGUAUUUCUCAGCUACUACUGGUCAGUAUAUUGGUCAGUUUGGUAGUGAAGGUAAUGGAAAUGGACAAUUCUCUCGUCCUUUUGGUAUGUCUACUGAUGGUAAAGGUAAUAUAUUAGUAGCUGAAUAUGGAAACAGAAGAGUACAAGUGUUUAAAGAAGAUGGUACGUUUGUACAAGCCAUACAUUGUGAUGGUAGUGCAACUGAUGUAGCAGUUGAUAAUGAAGGAAAAAUACACGUUACCAUUCAAAGUCAACAUCAUGUUCAAGUCUUCUCUCCUGAUGGUAAAACUCAUUGUGAUACAUACAAUCAUCCAUCUGGUAACUUUAAUAUUCCUUCAAGUAUUGCUAUUGAUGAUGAAGGAUAUAUCUUUGUACUAAGUAGCAAUGGCUAUCUUCAUGUAUUGAGUCCUGACAAGAAACAAGUCAAAUUAAUCUCAGGAUUAUCUUUUCCAUGGGGUGUAACACUGGAUAAGAAUGGAUAUAUUUAUGUUGCAGAUUAUAGCAACAAACAUGUAGCAAAAUAUUAAGUAGUCGUUCAAUAAAAUUGCAAUAAAGUACAAGUAGCUAUGAUAUUUUGUCACUCUAACUCUUUCCCUUCCACCUCUCUUUCAUACACACACAAUUUCCCCGUUUCUGCCUCCUCUCUACUUUAAGUGGCUAUUAAUU